AUGUCUCCCCAAACGCUGGGCUCUCGAUCUUUCUCGAUUCUGGGCCCCAUCACUCCAACCGUCGACUUGACCACCCAAGCAUAUCCAUCAACCAAAACGGUUUUCGACCCUACGGGCUCUUGCUGCACUGCUCCCUUUCGAGACGGUCUGCCCACCCCUCCCGGCGACAUGACUGGCGUGACCUACAAUGCCAUUCCACCGGCCGCAUAUGGGCGGAAAGGGCAUGGGAUGUCCUCCCACAUGUACGACCACUCGCGUCCGCAUUUCGAUUCAAUCUCGUCGUCCAUGAUUGCUUCUAUGAAACCCAACCGCGCGACUACUCAUUCGGCACCCGCGCCUUCGAAGGAAGCCCCCGCGACAGAACCAGCCAGCCAGAAGAAGUCGAAUGGAACGACGACGGGAAGCUCGCAGCUGCGGAUUCCCUCGUCCAUCAACAACAGCAAGCGCAGCUUGGCCGAGUUUGCCGCUCAAAUGACCUGCCUCUUCUGGUUCGAGAAGUCGUCGAAGCUGGAAGCCAUCGAAGAACGCCGCCACUCAAUACCUUCUCUCGUCGCUGAGGCUAUGCCAACCGUUGGAUUUCAGAAAUGGGUGGCCACGAUUCUUUCGACUACUCAGGUCAGCCAGAAUGUGAUUCUGCUGGCUCUGCUGUUUAUCUACCGACUCAAGAAGUUCAAUUCAGGCGUGAAGGGAAAGAAAGGCAGUGAAUUUCGGCUCAUGACCGUGGCGCUGAUGCUCGGCAAUAAAUUCCUCGACGAUAACACCUACACCAAUAAGACAUGGGCCGAGGUCUCGGGCAUCGCGGUGCAGGAGAUCCAUAUCAUGGAGGUCGAGUUCCUCAGCAACAUCCGCUACGAUCUGUUCGCUUCGGAGAUGGAAUGGUCUCGAUGGCACACGAAACUGGGUCUGUUCGGUGAUUACUUUGACCAGGCUUCGAUGCUCCCCGCCGAGUCAGAGAUCCCCUUGCUGCGUGCUUCGCCUCCCCGAUUGCAGGCCCAAUCGCCCUCAUCGAAGUUGCCAUCGCCCCCGACCGACGCAUUCAGACCACAGUCGCAGCCUCAGCCGAAUUGGUUCCCGCCGGUUCCUGGUCUCCCUUACCCUGGUCCUGCGCAGCUUGGUGAGGUUGCUUUGGGCGGAACCCGCAAGCGCAGCCGUGACGAGGAGGAUGAGCUUCACCCCACAAAGCGCAUCGCAAUGACCUCUACAAACACUACUCCUGCCCUGACGAUUCCUUUGGCCCACAUGAAUCCCGUGAUUCCUACUCUGCCGCCCGUUUUGACCCCGACCUCUGCGCCUGUCGCCCAUCCCCAGGUGCCAGGACAUAUCUCCCGUCUUCCUCCUCCUAACCUCCCUGCGUCCUCCAACCCAAUGCCUCCAUCUCUCUCCUCCACUGCGGUCUCCCAACUGCCAGUUCCGGCUCUCAUGCCUCCAGUCUAUAACCGGAACUCUAGUUGGUCUCAGCAGAUGCCUUCUGUUCCCAUGCCCCCUGUGACAUCUGGCAUCUACAACACACCUUCGCUCCCGGAAUUGGGCCGUCACCACCAGAGCCCAUUUGGUGUCUCGUCUGCCGCCGUCUCGCCAGCUGUGUCCGCCUACUCCGUGCACACUCCCCCCCAAAAACACCUCUCUCCAUCCUUCUUCCUCGCCAACCGCAACUCUCCCUACCGACCCGUUCGCUCGGUGCACACCUUGCUCAUCGCGCCUCCUUCUACCUCCAUGCAGCAGCAACGCAGUGUUCCCUUCGAUCACAUGCACUAUCAGCCGUUGGGGAAGACCUCUGCUGACCGAAAGACCGGCCAGCUACCCUAUAUCUACCCGGAGACGUGGAACCAAACACACUUCCAACCCUUGUUCCCUCCAUCCCAAUUUUCUGGCUAA